GAAGGUUAAUCGCCGCUCGUCGCCGGAAAGAUUAGGAGAGUAUCUCAAAACGCCCGCCAAUGAAGUUGUGACCACGUUACGGUCACCACACGUAUUUUUUGCCGAAACGUUUUAUGCUCGCUCAUGCAACGUGCAUCGGUUGAUACCUGACCGCGUCUCAGAGACUACUAGGUUCUGGCUCGCCGACGGGAACAUCCUCAGAGACCGUUUGAAGGAUCAACUUGGAUAGGACUUGCGACGCGCUAUGGCAUUCAACAGAGACGCACAGUUUAUUGCUAGUCUUACUGCGGUUGAUUUUCAGAUCCAGACACCUUUGACACCCUGCCUUGCAUCAAACCAUAACACCAUGUUAGCUGUCGAGAAGAGUCAGCUUCGCGACACCGACGUAAAGUUCUCAGCGAGUGUUGUCCGGCUCGAUUCUCUCGUAGCCCAGGUUCACAACCCCAAGACCAAGUUGCAGGACGCGAAGACAGAGCCCGUAGGACUCUUAUCAUCCAUACGCUGCGUGCCAGAUGACGUCCUUUUCAUCAUCUUCGAGUACACUCGGUGUGGAUCUCACUUCAAUUUCAUACAAUCCCUCUUCCUCUCACACGUCUGUCGACACUGGAGGGCUGUCGCGAUCAGUAUGCCCAAGCUAUGGACGCAUGUACACUUCAACGCCAGUCCGUCCAACUCGGCCACGCGCUCUGCUCGCUGCCCGGGGCUAUUCUCGUGGUGUCGUUUUCUCCCAAUGCACAUUCAUGUCCGUUACAUCAACGAAGAAGGUCUCGGAGGACUUGCAGCGAGUGGUAUCGACGCUUUCAAGACCACCUGCAAGGCUUUGGAGAUUGACUAUCACGGUGACCGUGUCUUGUGGGACGGUCUAGAAGAGUGCCUUUAUGACCUACCCAAUUUGAAGUCCCUAUCCGUCGUCAACUGCAGCGUUGAAGACAGACGUAGUGGCAACCAAACGCACUUCUGUCUGGAUAAGACCCGGGUCUCAAACUUGCACGUCAUGUUUACUGGUCACGGUGAUGAAACACGUCAAGAGGCGCUCCACCUUGGUGCACACGUCAGUUUGCAGUCGUCCAACCUGCGCAAACUGAUAUUGGACUUCCGGGCCAAGAACGGCUUCUUAACUAUGAGUUCAUCCUGGGUCCUUUUUUCAGGUGCCCCCGAUCUCCUCCCUCGCUUGGAGGAGCUAUAUCUCUUUUCGCCUUGCUUUGAACGUCGGCGCUUUGGAACAUCACAGAUCGUUUUACCCAGAGGGUCAGCAACGUAUCGCCGACUCCGGGUUUUCGUCGUUAGUGUCACGUGGGAUCGCGAGCUAGAACACCUUUUCAACGCUUUGGUUCUGCCGGACCUGUCCGAGUUUUCUUUUUGUGCUGCUCGGGAAGGAAGACCCGAACCUGUAAUUUUUAAGGCUCUUUUUGCUCGCUCGCGGUGCCCUCUACGGAAGAUUAGCACGGUUGACGGGCGUCGUCACGGGUGGGCAGAGAGCUGGGUUCAGGAUAUGAGAGAAUUUUAUCCAGAUCUUCAGUUAGUUAGUACCAAGCUUGACCAGCCGUCAGAUAUGGAUCAGCUCAAAGAGGAACAAUGGUUCCAGUAG